AUGGCAGAUAUGCGCGCACCACCGAGUCCCACGGCCAUGCUGAUAGGCACUGCUAUAAUAGCCGGUCUCAGUGGAUACAUGAUUGGAAUCGCGUCGAGCCUUGGAUUUUUCCCAAUUCCUUUUAUGCCCAAGGCACCAAAAGCACGGGGAAUUGCUAAUUACGAUGACGAAGAAGAGAGCGCGGAAGAGGAUAUUGAUGCUUCCAUAUUAGAUCAUGCGCCGAAUUGGGGAAAUGGGUUCGAGGCUGACAAAAGAGAUGGAUUGAGAGUGAUGGAGAGGAGUGGGCCGAAAAAGGUCGACAAAAAGAAGAAGAUUGAGGCCAAGCCAGUGGAUGACAAGGAGGAAUGUAAAAUGGUACUGGUUGUCAGAACGGAUUUGGGAAUGACGAAAGGAAAAAUUGCUGCACAAUGUUCCCACGCAACCCUCGCCUGUUACAAGACCAUGACCCGCAAAGACCCCAAUUCUUCGAUUCUACGACGCUGGGAACGGGAAGGCCAAGCAAAGGUUGCGCUACAAGUGAAGUCGGAGGACGAAUUGGAUACUCUACAGGCACAAGCUCUCAGCUUGGGGGUUGUGGCCGAGCAGAUUGCAGAUGCGGGCAGAACGCAGAUUGCGAGCGGAAGCCAUACUGUGUUGGGGAUUGGUCCGGCGCCAAAGAGUGUUAUUGAUCAAAUUACUGGGACUUUGAAAUUGUUGUAG